GUACGCACACGUGAAUGGGACAUGGGAUCGAUGGGUGACGGGUUCUUCUCAGAAGGACAUGUACCCAAGGUACCCCGGCCUUCUUAGGUACUCUUCCUUUUUUUAUAGGACAUCCGCUGUAGGCGCCGGACUCCUCCCAUUCAUUCAUUUCCCCGGUUCAUUUCAUUCAUCGUCCCUCGCGGGUAAGGAUUCAGGUAGCAGGACCACCGGAAUAGCCGGUACGGGUACCUACACGGUACACGCAUACUCAUACUACCUACCUACCUACGUUCUAGGUAGGUACAUAUAUGCAUACGCCGACCAAUUACAUAGGCCAUCCUAAGACUCAAGUCUAGAUAUGUGAGUACUGGCCGACAUCCUCCGUACCGCAAAGAGCAAACAGCAAAGAAGCGAAAAAUAAAGGACGAGGGGAAGAGGAAAAGUAAUCAAUGCUGGACUAUGGAAUUCCAUGGCGUAGCGGCCUCCCGUCAAGCGAUUGCAGGCGUGGUGACUACACAGGAGACACACC